AUGAGAAUCAUAUCGGUCAACCCGUACGUCAUACGUGGGGCUCACCCCUCCAGCAGCACUCAAGAUCCCAACUGGGGAUAUAGCUGCCUGGUGCGCAUUGAAACCGACACGGGCCUUGUUGGGUGGGGUGAGGGAACCACCGAUCUGGGUUGGGGGGCGCCAAAACUUCUCGAGAGGAUCAACACAAUGUUCGCCCCAACCCUGAUUGGACGUGACCCCACUGAGCCGAUGGCCAUAUGGAAGACCUACAAACCCUCUCGCGCAAUCGAUAUUGCGCUGUGGGACAUUACCGGAAACGCCAAAGGCCAGCCCAUCUGCAAGUUACUAAGCAGUGCCAUUCGAUCCCAUAUCAAGUUCUGUGUGGAAGUCUCGCUUGAUGACCUUUGGGUGCAACAGUUUUCCUCUGACUCCCCAUGGCAGCUAGCCUCUGCUACAAUACCAGAGGCACAGUCAUUGCUUGAUUUGGGCUUCGACACUUUCCAGGUCAAAAUUGAGGGCCGACCUGAAAGCAAUAUGCAAGUUGUCCGGGCGACUCGCGAGGCAUUUGGCCGACACGCAAGCAUUGUCGUCGAAAACUACAAUCUAAAUGCACCAGGAAAGGAGUUAGUUUGGGCAAUGUCGUCUGCAAGAAUCUCUCUUUUCGUCGAAGCUUUUAAGCCACACUCCAAAGACAACCUGAGGCCCUCGGUGCCGGUGGCUUGGGGCGAAAAUGAAUGGGACGGGAAGAAGCUCUGCGAGGGAAUGGCUGGAGGCGGUGUUGACAUCCUUUGA